CGCGGCCACACACAACUCAUCAUUCAUCGCUUACUUAUUAUAUAUACCCUACCCGACGCCUUUCCAUUCUUAUCGAUCAACCAUUUAACGACUCACCCUUUCUAGCAUAUUAUUCAUUAUAAAUAUUACUCCUUUCUUCUUUUAAGCAAAUCAUUUUAUACUCCCAACCCCAUCAACUCAAAAGCUUAUAAGCUAGCUAAGCUUCUUCUGUUAUAUUCCAAUGGAGUUUCUGGUAGGCAAAUCCAUCCUCAUCACCGGCACAACUGGCUUCCUCGCCAAAGUGCUGGUAGAGAAGAUCCUUCGCGUUCAACCGGACGUAAAAAAGCUCUACCUUCUCAUCAGAGCCAAUGAUUCCGUAUCUGCUAUCAAAAGAUUCAAUACUGAGGUUAUGGAGAGUGAAUUGUUCAGAGUUGUGAAAGAAAAAUAUGGUGACAAGUUUAAUGCCCUUGUGGAGGAGAAGGUGUCACCGGUGGCCGGUGAUAUUUCCUUGAAGGAUUUGGGAAUUGAAAAUGUUGAGCAACUCUCUAGAGAGUUAGAUAUUAUUAUUAACUCCGCUGCAACUACUGUAUUUGAUGAGAGGUAUGAUGUUGCAAUGAGUAUUAAUACAAUGGGUGCAACAAAUGUUCUGAAUUUUGCCAAGAAGUGCCACAAUCUUAAGAUGAUUGUUCACGUAUCUACCGCUUAUGUUUCUGGUGAUAGACCCGGAGUAAUACCAGAAAGACCAUUUUAUCUCGGUGAAACACUUAAUAAUGGGGAUACUUAUUUAGACAUUGAUGAAGAGAAAAAAGUGAUUGAGGAUAAGUUAAUGGAGCUUCAAGCCCAAAACGCAACAGAGAAACAAGUUAAAGUGGCCAUGAAAAUUUUGGGGGUCCAAAGGGCAAAGCUUCAUGGAUGGCCAAACACAUAUUCAUUCACGAAAGCAAUGGGAGAAAUGUUGUUAUUAAAGUUUAAGGAGAACUUAUGUGUCAUUAUGUUACGUCCGACAAUAAUAACAAGCACUUUCAAAGAACCUUUUCCUGGAUGGAUUGAAGGCGCAAGAACCAUGGAUAUCUUUGUAUUGAUGUAUGGCAAGGGAAGAGCAAAUAUCAUGAUGGGUGAUCCGAACUCGAUACUCGAUGCGAUUCCAGGAGAUAUGGUGGUGAACUCAAUACUUGCGGCGGUUGAGCAUCAUGGAAGUAACCUUCAUCAUACAUAUACUGAUGAGCAAUUGGUAUAUCAUGUUGGAUCUUCUUCUACCAAUCCUUUGAGAAUAUCGGACCUUAAGAAUUAUUUAUAUCGUUAUUUUACGGAUCGUCCCUGGUCAACCAAGAGUGGAGAUCUUGUCCAAGUACGUGAGCCUACGUUACUUACCAGUUUGAAUGAGUUACGCAGAUACAUUUCCAUCCGUUAUGUCCCAAUGUUGAAGAUAUUGAAGUUGUUGAACGUGGUACUUUUUCGGUAUUUUGACGAAAAAUGUGCAACCUUUGAGAAAAAUAUUAGUGUGGUGAUGCGAAUUGCCGAGCUCUACAGGCCAUACUUGUUCUUUUAUGGAAGCUUUGAUGACACCAAUACAACAAGAUUGAGAAUGGCUACCACCGAAACGAGCAUGGCUGAUAUCGUAACUUUCGACCCCAGUAAUAUUCAAUGGGAGGACUACUUCAUGAAUACCCACAUUACAG